AUGGAAAACGAUUCUUUACGUGAAAAACAAGUUUCCGUUAUUGAGAAACUAUUAAUGUUUAAUGAAGAUCCUAAAAACAUACAACAUGAUUUGACCUCUGAUUUUAAUAAUAACGAAUUGGUUUGGAAAGUCUUAAUUUUGGACAGAAAAAGUACUGGUAUCAUCUCAUCCGUUUUAAGAGUCAACGACUUGCUAAAGAAGGGUGUAACUGUUCAUACUUCAAUUAAACAAUCAAGAACACCUUUGCCGGAUGUUCCAGCUAUCUACUUUGUUCAACCUACUAAAGAGAAUAUUGAUAUUAUCAUUCAAGAUUUAUCAAAUGAUAUGUAUAGUUUUUUUUAUAUCAACUUUACAUCAUCAAUUUCCAGAGAUUUAUUGGAAUACUUUGCUAAGGAAGUAGCCUUUAAGGGGAAAUGUGAUAAAAUAAAACAAAUCUUUGAUCAAUAUUUGGACUUUAUUGUUACAGAACCUGAGCUGUUUAGUUUAGAAAUCGAUAAUGCGUAUUAUCAAUUGAACAGCACAACUAGUUCUGAAGAGCAAAUUAUUAAUUUGUGCGAUGAAAUCGCUAAAGGCUUACUAAACGCUAUAAUGACAAUUGAUUCUAUACCAAUCAUUCGAGCCCAAAAGGGAGGGGCUGCGGAAAUUGUAGCACAGAAGUUAGAUAGCAGAUUGCGUGAUUAUGUUUUGAAUACUAAAAAUAGUGGCGAUUUAUUGCCUAGUUCACAAUCCUUAGAAAGGACAGUAUUGAUUUUGCUUGAUAGGAAUAUUGAUUUAAAAUCCAUGCUAUCGCAUUCUUUAUUUUAUGAAUGUUUGGUAUUUGACGUUUUUACGAUGGCCAGAAACACAAUUACAUUUCAAUACCAUAAAGAAAAUGAAGCUGCUCCUGUAAAAAUGAAAGUUGAUAUUGAACCAAAAGAUUUUUUUUGGAGAGAUAAUUGUUACUUGCCCUUUCCCGAUGCUGUGGAAAAUGUAGAAAACGAAUUAAAUAAAUAUAAACAAGAGGCUGAAGAAGUCACCAAAAAAACUGGGGUUACCAAUUUAAAUGAUUUAGAUCCUAACAGUGCAAAUGAUACUAUUAAUAUACAGGAGGCUGUCAACAAAUUACCAGAGUUAACAGCCAAAAAGCAAAUUAUUGAUUCUCAUUUCAAAAUAUUGGCGUCUUUGAUCCCUGAAUUGAGCUCUAAAAGUUUAGAUACUUUUUAUGAAAUUGAACAGGAAGAUGUUGAUCAGUUGAAAACAAGACAAAGAUUUUUAGAGGUUUUGAAAGAUGAUAAAAAGACAAAUUUAGAAAACAAAUUGAGAACCUUCGGUAUUAUGUAUUUAAGCUCCAAGGAACCAUUACCCAAAACCUUUGUUACACAAGUUGAAGAAUAUUUUCAAAAUCAAGACUACGACUGUUCUCCAUUAAAAUACAUUUAUAAACUAAGAAAGAUGAUGGAUCUAUCCAACAUAUCAUUGUUACAAAAUAAAUCUUUGGGCAAUGAGUAUAAUGGACAUGGUGACAACAAUUAUAAUAAUAACAAUAGUACUAACGGAUCCACUGGGAGCGAGUUGUUUUCAGGCUUGUCUAAAAAAUUGUAUGGGUUAGCUGGCGAUAAAAUUCAAGGUGGGGUAGGUUCGUUAGUGUCUCGUGUAUCCAAUUUAUUAACUGAAAGAAAAACUAUACCAAUAACUAAUAUCGUUGAAGCGAUUAUGGAUCCACUAAAUAGUUCUAAUAAUAAUUUGCAGACAACAGAUUCUUAUUUGUAUUAUGACCCACGGAUUUUAAGAGGAGACCUAACAAGACCUCCAAAACGUCAAUCAUAUAACAAGUCUAUGGUUUUUGUUGUCGGUGGUGGUAAUUAUAUUGAAUACCAAAACUUACAACAAUGGGCUCAUGGGAAUAGUGAACAGGUUAAUAAGAAGAAGGUUAUUUAUGGUAGUACCUCUAUCUCCAAGCCAACGGUUUUUUUGAAGGAGAUCUCUAAACUAGCAUAA